AUGGCGGCAUAGCUGGUAGAGCAGUUGUAAGACAGCUCAGUAAACCAGCAUUAAACUUACUGUUAAUGAGUACAGUUUGCACUGGAUGCAGUCAGCUUCUUGGUAUUUCAAAAUGUCGCCUGCUACUUUGAUUAGUAUUUCUAAAUUAACGCGUAUAUGUUUGCAUUAAUUUUGCGUCUUAAUUGUGAAGAAUGCAUAUCUAAACAAUCCACAAACAUUAUGACAAAACAUAAACAAUGGUAUUUUAAUUUUCGUUUUCCAUAUUGCAGUGUCAGCGUCAUAUUUAAUGAGCCAAUUGGAAGCUGACUUUUGAGCUGAACAGUUUCACUUUCCUUUUUAAUGGACUAUUUGACUCCUGUGGUUUAUUUUGAAGAAGAACAUGAUGAAUUCCUGUGACAUAAGCUACUACAGAUACUACUAUCCUCGUAAUUUCUUCUCAACUAGCAUGCUGUGUUUCAAGAUCUGUUGGUACAAAUAUCCAUCAGCUGGUUUUUCAGCGAACAAAAAUGAAGGCAAAUGGUGUCUGCAGAAAAUAAGAAAAUAUUUCUUGGAAGGAAUUUUCAAUUAUAGAAUGGCAUUAAGGCUAUGCACAUUACCUUGUAGGCUGUGCACUCCUCCUUAUUUCUUGGACAUGGAUAUCUGCAUUUGGUUCUGCCCUUAUAUGUUCUGUUACAAGAUUUGUCAGUGUCUCGGUAAAUUCCCGGCAGAUUACAAAAAUAAAGUGGAAUCACAAACAAAAAGCGUGGAUGUUUCAUGGGCCACAUGGUGGAUGUAUUUUCCAGCAUUAAGAUUAUCUGGUAUGGGCUACACAAAAAAUUUACAAACUCAGCAGGAACCCCCUGGAAGCUUUGCAGCCAAGGUGAAAUGCUUUAAUGAAGUUUCAGUGAAUUUAGAAGAAGAAAAUGAAGUUUUGAAGAAAGAAAAUGUAAAACUACGCAAUGCAUUUGAUAAAUUAGAAGAAGAAAAUACAGCUUUGAAAAAAGAUGAUAAAACUCACCUUCCCCUAAAGGAGAGAAUGCCAGCGUGGUUAGAAGUUGUUUGCAUUUUUUCAGUGGGAGCCCUGCUGGUCUUCAGUUACAAGAAAGGCAUAUUUAGCAUUAAAGGACAGAGCAACAAUGGUUUAGUAAUUAUUUGGAUUUUACCUACACUUCCUUUGGCUGCCCUCCUGUAUUGCCUAAGAGAGAAAUCAACGGAAAAAAUUACUUACCUGAAAAGAGAAUGUGAUGAACAAAGAAGUCAGAAUGACAAAUUACAAGAAGAAAAGGCUACCUUAAAAAGAGAACUAAAUGAACUGGAACAGGAAUUUGAUUUGCUCGGAGUUGUUCCUGAAAAAGUAUGGAAUAAAAUACGUCAAAUGGAAGCUGGCUUUGUUCUCAACCAUAAUUCAAGACACCCUGACGUUCUUGUGGAUUCUGAUGCAUCUCAAGUGAGAUUUGGGGGAAACACACAGGGGCCAGACAGAUGGUACUGUGUUACAGGAAGUCUGGAGCUAAGUCGGAAUCACUACUGGGAGGUGGAGGUUGGUGAAAAGAGCAGCUGGGCAAUUGGAGUGGUAACCAAAGAAAUCAAAGAGAAGAACAUCAUUCCUGAAAGCACAGAUGAUGAAUUCUGGAUCAUCCGUUUAUGUAGAGGGAAGAAGUUAGAAGCUGUUCAAUCCAGUACUGUCACUGAGUUACAAAAAACUCCAAAGAAAGUCGGGGUGUACCUGAAAGGAAAUCUGUUGUCCUUUUAUGAUGUGGAGACCAGACAACGCAUCCACAACUUUCACAUAGAAUGCUCUGGACCACUGUUUUCUGCCUUCAGUCCAGGUUCUCGUGACAAAGGACCCCUGAUAUUAAAAACAAAAGGUUUCUGCCUGAAGGAAUGAUUAAAGUAUUUUUGUUCCUUUAAAAGAUGUUAGUCAUUAAUCAGCAACCAAUGAAUUUUUUAAUUAAAAUUUGCCAGUAAAUUAAAAAUUGUGAUAAUCCUCUGUUUCCAGUAAGAUGACAGAUUUUCAGUUAUUUAUUCUUUUAAAAUACAAUUAAUUUCAGUAGAUUGUAGCAGCUAAUGUAUAGAUCAAAAUUCUACAACAAUAUGUUGAACUUUUAUCUCUACCAGAGACAUUACUGCUAAACUAUUAACAUAUGAAAGAGUAAUUCUCAAGAUAAAUCAGUCCUUGUAAAAUAGCUUUUGCUAAGCUUUCAUGAAGCAUAAAUGAAAAAAAAGAAUCUUCUUGACAGUAACAUUCACAGACAGAUUGUGGGUUUGCUCUAAACCUUUCCUCGACCUGUGCAAGACAUGAAUCAAUAAAGUUCAAAACUGUA